GAAGGCAUCAAGUCGGGCGGGCUGACGUGCGAGCUCCCGUCUCUCUCUCUCUCUCCGCCGUACGGGGGUUUAUUUUGCUUUGGGACACUCCAUCCGCCGCCGCCAUUAGGUCCUCCUCCUCCUCCCCCUUUUGGCCAAAGUGGUACCGCCCUCCCUUCGACUUCCCACAUCCUUUUGCCCUCCCAGAGCCGGAAGAAACCAUGUCCUGAGCGCGCGCGGGAGGGAGGCUGGGGUGGGUGGGAGGCAGGCAGGCGGGCGGCUGGCGGAGGGGAAUGGGCCGCAGCUGGUGCUUCUGAGGAGGCCGCCGCCGCCGCCGGAUUAGAAGAACGGCCCUGGAAGCUUUCUGCCUGGAACAAUCUACUUCAAGGAGUGCAGGAUGACAGAACGUGGAAUAAAAUGGGCUUGUGAGUAUUGUACAUAUGAAAACUGGCCCUCUGCAAUCAAAUGUACCAUGUGCCGUGCUCAAAGACCUAGUGGAACUAUUAUUACAGAAGAUCCGUUCAAGAGCGGCUCAAGUGAUGUUGGUAGAGACUGGGAUCCUGCAAGUAUUGAAGGAGGCAGCAGCCCUUUGAUAUGUCCAGAUUCCAGUGCAAGACCAAGAGUAAAAUCUUCCUACAGUAUGGAAAGUGCAAAUAAGUGGUCAUGCCACAUGUGCACAUACUUGAACUGGCCUCGUGCAAUAAGAUGCACUCAGUGCUUGUCUCAACGUAGGACCAGGAGCCCCACAGAAUCCCCUCAGUCUUCAGGAUCUGGUUCAAGACCAGCUCCUUUCUCUGUGGAUCCUUGUGAGGAGUACAAUGAUAGAAAUAAACUGAACAUGAGGACCCAGCAUUGGACUUGUUCUGUUUGUACAUAUGAAAAUUGGGCUAAGGCCAAAAAGUGUGUUGUGUGUGAUCAUCCAAGACCCAACAACAUUGAAGCAAUAGAAUUGGCAGAAACAGAGGAGGCUUCUUCAAUAAUAAAUGAGCAAGAUAGAACUCGAUGGAGGGGGAGUUGUAGUAGUGGUAAUAGCCAAAGAAGAUCCCCUCCUACAACCAAACGGGAAUCUGAAAUGAAAAUGGACUUUCAGAGAAUUGAGCUGGCUGGAGCUGUUGGCAGUAAAGAAGAACUUGAAGUUGACUUCAAAAAACUAAAGCAAAUAAAGAACAGAAUGAAGAAGACUGACUGGUUAUUUCUCAACGCUUGUAUUGGGGUGGUAGAAGGUGACCUAGCUGCUAUUGAGGCAUACAAAUCAUCAGGAGGAGAUAUUGCACGACAGCUAACUGCAGAUGAAGUACGUUUGUUAAAUCGUCCUUCUGCUUUUGAUGUGGGAUACACACUUGUUCAUCUUGCUAUACGUUUUCAAAGACAAGAUAUGUUAGCAGUUCUAUUAACAGAGGUAUCCCAGCAUGCAGCCAAGUGCAUUCCAGCAAUGGUGUGCCCAGAGCUUACUGAACAAAUCCGGCGUGAAAUUGCUGCUUCUCUUCAUCAGCGGAAGGGAGAUUUUGCUUGCUAUUUCCUAACUGAUCUUGUAACAUUUACGUUACCUGCAGAUAUUGAAGACUUGCCACCAACAGUUCAAGAGAAACUAUUUGAUGAAGUACUUGAUAGGGAUGUUCAGAAAGAACUAGAAGAAGAAUCUCCCAUUAUAAACUGGUCACUGGAACUGGGUACGCGUUUAGACAGUAGACUUUAUGCACUUUGGAAUCGGACUGCAGGGGACUGCCUGCUUGAUUCAGUACUACAAGCUACCUGGGGCAUUUAUGACAAAGAUUCGGUGCUACGUAAAGCUCUUCAUGACAGUUUACAUGAUUGUUCCCAUUGGUUUUAUACACGAUGGAAAGAGUGGGAGUCUUGGUACUCUCAAAGCUUUGGUUUACACUUCUCAUUGAGAGAAGAGCAAUGGCAGGAGGACUGGGCAUUUAUACUUUCUCUUGCCAGUCAGCCUGGAGCUAGUUUGGAACAGACACACAUUUUUGUACUUGCACAUAUUCUUAGAAGACCAAUUAUAGUUUAUGGAGUAAAAUAUUAUAAGAGUUUCAGGGGAGAAACUUUAGGGUAUACCCGUUUUCAAGGUGUCUAUUUGCCUUUAUUAUGGGAACAGAGUUUUUGUUGGAAAAGCCCUAUUGCUCUGGGCUACACGAGGGGCCACUUCUCUGCUUUGGUUGCCAUGGAAAAUGAUGGCUAUGGCAAUCGAGGUGCUGGUGCUAACUUGAAUACUGAUGAUGAUGUUACUAUUACUUUUUUACCAUUGGUUGACAGUGAAAGGAAGCUGCUACACAUUCACUUCCUGUCUGCUCAAGAGAUUGGUAAUGAGGAGCAGCAGGAGAGGCUGCUCAGGGAGUGGCUGGACUGUUGCGUGACGGAGGGUGGAGUCCUAGUUGCUAUGCAGAAAAGCUGUCGGCGGCGCAACCACCCUUUGGUAACGCAGAUGGUAGAGAAAUGGCUUGACCGUUAUAGACAAAUCCGCCCCUGCACAUCCCUUUCAGAUGGAGAAGAAGAUGAAGACGACGACGAUGAAUGACGAAAUUGAGAUACCUGGCUGCAUAUAACGUGUGGUGACAACCCCAGCACUUGGGGUGCAGUCUAGCAAAUUGUUACAAGAUGACCCAGUUAUAGCGGGACGAAUCCUGCACAGGAUUUUUAAUCAGCAUGGGGAGAAUUCAGAAGCUCUUCGGCUGUGUGAAGACAGCUAUGUCGAUUGGACUACCGUUUGUUUAAAAAAAAAGCAAGGAAAAAGAAAACAAAGCCCUACUUUUAUUACCAGGACAGAAAGCAUUUUUCUUUCCAAUUGUACAUCUGCCUAUAAAUGUACCGCAUGUGGUUGUGUAAUAGGAAAAAGUAUUACCAGCAUCUUACAAUUAUUGGAGAAAUUUGUUUUGAAUAAGGGCACUUAAAAAGCACAUCAUAGAUGAGUAUCUGUUCCUUUUCCUUUUCUUUUUUUGGCUUACAGUAAAACUUGGUUAUUCUGCGUCACUUUUUAAAGCAUCCUGACACACCUCCGUCAACGUUAAUUUCAUAUAAAAUCUUGCUAAUGCCCAAGUCAGAUCAUGUGGCUUUUUUUGUUGGUGGUGCCAUAUAUCCAGAAUAAGUUAGAAAAUAUAAACAAAUUUACUGUUUUAUUGAGAUUUGAAUUAAUGUUGUGCCCACAAUAAUAAAAUGAUAUAUUAAAGGGAAAAAACUAUGGAAGGGAUGAUGAAUUUUGAUUUUGUUUUCUGUAAAGGCUUCUCUGCUGUCCAUUAAUAUUUUGUAUCAUUUCUUUUGGGUAGUUUUCCCCCUUCCAGUCUACUUAAAAUAGUCAAAGAAGUACUGUUCCAGAGAACUAUUAUGCUAAACAAUUGUGUGGCGUUUGCUAAACUGAACUAAAAAAAUGCAUUUUAUUCAAACCCGGUAUUGCUGUGAGUUGUACAAUAGAGAUUAAUAUUAAAUCAAGCCUCUCCCCAUGCCAGUUAAAAUAGCCUCCAUCGAGGAGCUCUCCUUGGUCAUUAAACUCGAGUGAGAAAGCACUUUGGCCGUUUUCCUUAAAAGCCUUCCUUCUGAAGUUUGUUUUAAGUACUGUAUAUUAUCUUUUCUUGAUAUGUAAACUUUGGAAUUUUUUGCAUGUUGAUUGUGGCCACAUUUGAAUAUGUAAGUUUCCUGAAAGUAUACAUUCAGAAUAUAUUCUCCAGUAGAAAAAAAAAUCUUUUUAUUAUACUUGAUAACUUUAGCCAUGCUAUCUUGAAUGGGUAUAGCCUAUCCAAAACCUCACUUUAAAAAACACUAAAGGUUGAAUAGUUUUGUAAGCGGAUCCUGAUAAGCACUUUUUGAAGACUAAUGAUGGUGGAAAUGAUGACAAGGAGUAUCUAGUAAAAUGGAUUUCCUUGUUUAGGAAUCUGGACAGUUAUACAUGCAGUUACACAUACAUAUUUUUACAUAGUUGUAAAAAAACAAAAAAGCAAACACAACAUCCCUGGAACUCAUCAGAAUUUGCUGCUUUUCUAAAUGUGGCUUAGUGUUGAAAGCAAAACCUAAAAAAAAAAAAUCCUAGUGACAGAUCUCCACUGAAAUUUCAUUAAGGUACUAACACAGAAGAAAUGCAUUAAUAUCGCCUUUUCCCACUUCUGACACAAGCAUAUCGUGUGCGUGUAUAUGUGUGUAUUUUGUCGUGGGUUCUUUCAAUGCAUGCAUACAUUAUUAAAUACCAAUGCAUGUUUACCUGUGAUGGGUUAAACUUCCUAAGCAGUAGAAUAAUUGGGUUUCUCUUCCAGAUUCUGCUUUAAUGUACACUCCUAAUUCUUUCUAAAUACAGGCAUAAAGUUAGUACCUUACAUUUUUGCCUACCUUACAUACGUCACAGUAAAGUUCCCACAUGCCUGGACCAGUAAAGUAAGCUAGAUGAUUAUGAUUGUGGGAGGAGGUAGUUACUUGAAAUGAUGCAACUUUUGCACCCCAAGUCUGAGUCACAGUUUACCUUAAAUUGCUGUUUCCAGCAAGAUACACCUGUUUUACUUUGAUUAGUGUGAUCAUAGUAGGUGAAAAUGACUAAAUUAGUAGCCAUGUUAUCCCACUGCAGUAUCAAACCCUUUAAAAUAUUAUCGAAUGAAAGCAGUUGCUUUUUUUGGCAAGGAUAAAGAUAAGUCUGAACUUUUAUUGUCUCAUAUCCCCACGUCCUACAAGACGCCAUCAUAACCAUCUAAAUCACUUCUGAGUCUCGGUUCAUCCGUGAGGUGGUUUUAUAGAUUGUACCAGCAGCUGUUCUAGCUCCGGAAAGCACAUACCAAGUAAAUUUGUAAUUGUGCCUUGAACACGGUUUGCGGUUAUGCAAGACCCUCUCACCUGAUAAGUCUUUGUGUCGGAAAACAAGACUUGGUCACAUUUUGAAUUAUGGUUGUGUCGUAAAAGUUGUACCACUGUUUUGAAAACCAAAGGGUAAGGUCUAGUUUUAGUUGAUUUUCCAUAGCAAUGUGUGGUGUUUCAAUAGAAAACUUACAAUUAUAGAGGUUAGGCAAUCUGCCUUUCUGGCGGAAAAAGAGUUGUUGGGUUUUGAAUACUUGAAUGGUUUUAUUCCCAGAUGUCCAGAAUUCUGUUAGUGUCAUACACAGGUGUAAAUAAGACUUCUGCCUGUGUAUUUAACUCUCCUAGUUGGUGCAGAGGGAAGCAUUUGUUAUCUCCCUUUUUGCUGUUUAAUAGCUGGCAGAGAGCAAGGGGUAUCGGAGACGUGUUUGGCUAUGUUCUUACAUCCAGAACAAAGUCUUCAUCUGGGACUUUCUCUAAGCUCUUCUGAAGAUCCCAGAGGUUUAUGCCAUUGUACAUCUAGCUAUAAUGUAUGCCCUGCUUUCCACUGGCCAUCAAAUUGGACAGAGAGGAGAAGGCAGGGAGGUACUGUGGAGAGAUAUAUAUUGUUUCUCCUGGACAGGGAUUUCAGUUAUGUAUUCUGAUGCAGGAAAUUGAACGGGGAAAUAGUUUGGUUCUAUCUAGUUCUGGCUUUAAAUUCUACAACCUCUUUAGAAGAGAAGUACACCAAUGAUGAUUUGACAAAGCUUUGUUCUACUGCAGUGGACCUGUGCUUUCUGAAUCACUCAUAGACACACAUAUAUGUACCAUUUCUUAAAUGAUUUAUAUAUUUAUUUGAAGAUUGCUUUCAAAGCUACAGCAUUUCUGUGAAGUUGGAUUAAAAACCUCCUUGAGGGGUAGGAUCUAUUUUUAAGCGGGGAAUUUUUCUUCGAGUUAGUACCUGGAAGUCAUAUGGCAUUAACUGCCUCCAAGCAGCCAAAUUUUGGGCCGGAAGUUCCAAGCACAUUCAGGGGUGGUAGAAGAACCUGCUUCAAAGUUAUUCUGUUAGAAAGUCUCCAUUUUCAUCAACAUUAAUUAUGCCUAUCUGGAAUGCCACUGCCUGGUUUAAGAACAAAAUCCCAAUAGUAUCAGCUUCUAAAAGUCACUAAUGCCAGUGUAAAUGUUCUAUUAUUUCACCUUCAUUUGUGUGGCUUUCUAAAUGUUCUCUGUAACUCACCAAUGUUCCUCCACCCGAUUGCUCUAUACUGGUGUCUAUGGUAAGUUAUUCAUAAUUGCAGUGUUAGAUCAUUGACACAGCUAUGAAGUUGACUCCCUUGAAUAUGUUCAAAGCUGGUAAUGUGCUUUUCCAUUAAUUUAAAACAAAACAAAUACAAGUUUUGUACCAAUGGUUGGCUUUGA